UCCAUUAUGUUUUCAGCAUCAUGGAUAUAUGUAAACUACUGGUGUUUGUACUCUCAAUUGUGGCAGUUGAAAAUCAGAGUACUAUCUCUAUAAGUACUCUCUCAGUAAGAGAACUGAGUGAGAUGGUUAGAGCCCACAACACGGAAAUGAAGUUGAUGAAACAACAAAUUCUAAAACAACAGCAUUUAAUCGAGAGUUUGCAGAAACAAGUUGAAGCAGGGAGUGCAAAACCGAAAAUUCGACUUGUAAAUGGAAAUUCUUCAAGAGAAGGAAGGGUGGAGGUAUACAAGAAUGGAGUAUGGGGAACUGUUUGUGACGAUGGUUGGGAUCUUUAUGAUGCCAAUGUCGUCUGUACACAACUAUUCGGAUUAGUUGGAAUUCCAUAUAGUAAUGCAUACUUUGGACCUGGAACGGGUUCAAUACUUAUGGCUAAUGUGAGAUGCAGUGGUACAGAGAGUUCUCUACAGGAUUGCAGACAUACAAAUGAAUUAAAUCUUGGCUGCAGUCAUAGUGAAGAUGCAGGUGUUAUGUGUAUGAAAGCUCCCCCUGUUCGACUUUCGAAACAAAAAGACUUUCAAGGAAGAGUGGAAGUUUAUAAGAACAAUAGAUGGGGGACAAUAUGUGACAGAAACUGGGAUUACAAGGACGCUAGCGUCAUUUGUAGAUCACUAGGUUAUAGCGAACGAGGGCUAGUUGUUUCAAAAACCGUAUUUGGAGGAGGAACAGGCACAAUUCAUUUAAAUGACGUACAAUGUAGCGGAAAAGAAACUGGUCUGUCUGACUGUGCAAAUUCGGAAACAAAUAGCUGUAGUCACUCCGAAGAUGCUGGUGCUAUAUGUAUUCUACCAAGUCAAUUCAUGAGAUUGCGAAACGGAAAAUCUGCAAACGAGGGCUUUUUUGAGGUGUCGGUCAAUGGUGUAUGGGGAGCUGUGUGUGAUACAGAUUGGGAUAAUCAAAAUGCUAAAGUUGCCUGUCGAUCUCUAGGAUACUCUGGAGGUGUAGCUAUCAUUUCAUCCGUGUUUGGAAAGGGAAAUGCAAAAAUAUGGUUAGACGGCAUUAAUUGUGGAGGACAUGAAAAUUCCUUGUUAGAGUGUCCACAAUCAGUUGUGGGAUCCAGCAGCUGUGGUGAUAGUAGAAAUGCCGCAGUUGUCUGUUAUAAUACAGGAAACGAUGUUGUUAGAUUGGUUAAUGGUAGUUCUGAACAUGAAGGUCGAGUUGAAGUAUCGAUAGAUGGUCAGUGGAGAAGUGUUUGUAUAUCACCAUCAUCAUCAUCAUAUGAAAAAAAAUACGCUGAUGUGACUUGUAGAAGUCUGGGCAAUUCAGGGGGGUUUCCUAUAUCAUCGGAUCUAUUUGGAAAAGGCAAUGGACAAGUAUGGUUGAACCAAAUUGCUUGUAACGGAAAUGAAGAUUCCUUGCUUUUAUGUUCGCAUUCAAUCAUUGAAUCCAGCAACUUUAACUGUACUAACAGUAGAGAGGUCGACGUCAUUUGUUACAAUAUAGAAAAUGAUAAAGCUAGAAUUGUAAAUGGUAGUUCUCCCGAUGAGGGACUAGUAGAGGUUCCGGUAAAUAACCGAUGGCGACGUGUUUGUUCAUCUUCUUGGGACAGAACUGACGCUGGUGUUGCAUGUAGGAAUCUAGGAUAUUUGGGAGGUUUUUCAGUUUCAUUACCGACGAUCGGAAAUCAGAGGAAAGAAGAUUGGUUCUUAAAUAACAUGGUCUGUAACGGAAAUGAAGAUUCCUUGUUAAAAUGUGCAAGAUCUAUAUCCACCACCUGUAGCUCUGAAGCUGGAGUUAUGUGUUACCAAUCCUUAAAUAGUACUGUUAGACUUGUCAAUGGUAGCUCUCCAGAUGAAGGACUAGUUGAGGUUUUGGUGAAUAACCGGUGGCGACCUGUUUGCUCUACUUCUUGGGACAGAAAUGAUGCUGCUGUUGCAUGCAGAAGUCUAGGCUAUUUAGGAGGUUUCCCAGUUUCAUUGCCGACAACUGUCAAUCGGAGAAAAGAAAACUGGUUCUUGAAUAGCAUGUAUUGUAACGGAAAUGAAGAUUCUCUGUUAAAAUGUGCAAGUUCUAUAUCCACCAGCUGUUACAAUGCGGCUGGAGUUAUGUGUUACAAAACAUUAAAUAGCACAGUUAGACUUAUCAAUGGUAGCUCUCCAGAUGAGGGAAUAGUUGAGGUUUUGGUAAAUAACCGGUGGCGACCUGUUUGCUCUUCUUCUUGGGACAGAAAUGAUGCUGCUGUUGCAUGCAGAAGUCAAGGCUAUUCGGGAGGUCUUUCAGUUUCAUUGCCGACAACUAUAAAUCGGAGAAAAGAAAAUUGGUUCUUGAAUAGCAUGUAUUGUAACGGAAAUGAAGAUUCCCUGUUAAAAUGUGCAAGGUCUAUAUCCACCAGCUGUAACUCUGAAGCUGGAGUUCUGUGUUACCAAACAUUAAAUAGUUCAGUUAGACUUAUCAAUGGUAGCUCUCCCUAUGAGGGACAAGUUGAAGUUUUGGUGAAUAACCGGUGGCGGCCUGUUUGCUCGUCUUCUUGGGAUAGAAAUGAUGCUGGUGUUACAUGCAGGAUUCUAGGCUAUUCGGGAGGUUUUCAAGUUUCGCUUCCGACAACUAUAAAUCGGAGAAAAGACAAUUGGUUCUUGCAUAGCAUGUAUUGUAACGGAAAUGAAGAUUCCUUGUUAAAAUGUGCAAGAUCUAUAGCCACCAGCUGUAACUCUGAGGCUGGAGUUAUGUGUUACCAAUCUUUAAACAGUACAGUUAGGCUUGUCAAUGGUAGCUCUCCCGAUGAGGGACUAGUAGAGGUUCUAGUCAAUGACAAUUGGCGAGGUGUAUGCAGUAAUGGAUGGGGCAAAGCUGACGCUAGUGUGGCAUGCAGAAAUGUUGGAUAUUCCGGAGGAUUUCCGGUCUCCAUUCCGCCUCAUGGAAAGACACAGAAAACAGCUUGGUUCUUAGACAGCAUGAGUUGUAAUGGAAAUGAGAAUUCCUUGUUAGAAUGUGCAAGAUCAGGAUCCAGUAGUUGUAACUUAGCGGGAGUUAUAUGUUACUGCACUGUAAAAGGCAGAGUUAGAAUUGUAAAUGGCAGCUUUUCAGAUGAAGGUCGUGUUGAGGUUUUGGUUUAUGACCGAUGGCGAAAAGUUUGCAGCAGUUAUUGGGGCAAAAAUGACGCAGAUGUAACAUGUAGGAGUCAAGGGUUUUUAGGAGGUCAUGCAGUUUCAUUGCCAGCUGUAGAAAAGAGGAAUAAAACCAUUUGGUUCUUAGAUCGCAUGAGUUGUAAUGGAGAUGAAGAUUCCUUGUUCGAAUGUGCAGCCCAAGGAUCAAUUACUUGUAAUUCUUAUAGAGAGGCUGGAAUUGUUUGUUAUAACCACACGGUAAAUGGCACUGUCAGAAUUGUUAAUGGCAGCUCUCCAAAUGAGGGUGUAGUUGAGGUUUGGAAGAAUCACCGGUGGGUUAGUGUUUGUAAGGAAGGAUGGGACAAAAAUGACGCUGAUGUGACGUGUAAAAGUUUAGGAUAUUCAGGAGGGUUUCCAGUUUCAUCGCUGAUGUAUGUAGACGAUAGGGAAGAUGCUGUCCUGUUGGGUGAAAUGUACUGUGCUGGAAAUGAAGAUUCUUUAUUAAAGUGUCCUAGAUCAAUUACACUAUCCAGUAGCUGUUACAGUGGAGGAAAGGCCGCAGUAGUCUGCUACCAUACAGAAAAUGACACGAUUAGAUAUGUAAUUGAAAACACUGCACUAGUGAAGAAUGUAGUUAAACCUAAAAUUUACAUCAAUGGUACUUGGAGAGUAUUGUGUCAGAGCAGUUGGGAUGAAUCAGAUUCAAAUGUUAUUUGUAGAAGUCUUGGAUUCCCUGGGCAUCAAGCUUUGUUACGCAAUUGGGAAUAUGGAAAUUCAUUUGGUAAACCUUUGGUGAACAGUAUAAGGUGCAUUGGCCGGGAAAAGAGGUUAACAGAGUGUAGAUUUGGCACAUUUAGUUCGGAGCACUGUAGUUCCAAUAAUGGUCUGGAAAUUGAAUGUUAUUCCGGCGAUAUGAAAAAGAUCAUGAGACUUGUCAAUGGAACUUCAAGCAAUGAAGGGCGUGUAGAAGUGUUUAUUAACGGUGUAUGGGGCACUGUGUGUGAUGACUACUGGGACGACAAGGAUGCACGUGUUGUGUGCAGAAGUCUUGGAUAUUCAGGAAACUCUACUGCUCGCGGAAGUGCCUAUUUUGGACGAGGAUCGGAACCUACUUGGUUAGAUGACGUCAAAUGUCAGGGGACUGAGUCAUCCAUCUUCGAUUGUGAUCAAAAUAGCUACGGCAACGAAAACUGUAGUCACUCUGAGGAUGCUGGUGUAACAUGCAAAUAGUUUAUGCUUCAAAGUUGUUAAAAUUCUCAACAGUUAUUUGCGUUUAGUACUCUGUGUGUGUGUGUGUGUGUGUGUGUGUGUGUGUGGGUGUGUGUGUUUGUGUAUGUUAUUUCAGUGAUUAAUAAGGGAAUCAAUAAUUGUUUAACUGCAAAGCGAUAUCAAUGUCAGUAAAAAUAAUUAUUUCAAUAAUUAUACUAUUACCAUU